AUGCAUCUCGUAGAACUAGAUCAGGAGUGUUUGCUACACCUUUUUUCGUACCUUGACAAGGACAGUCGCCACAGCCUGUCCCUGACCUGUGUACGACUAAGACAGGUCUUCUUGGACCCACAGCUGUGGAUGCUACUUCACUUCAGGUCUCCGUGCGAGCUGAGGAAGGACAACUAUGUUCUGGGCUCUUCACUAAGGUACCUGGAUGUAUCCUGGAACUCGUGCAGGGUCAAAGUGUGCAACAUUGAGGACUGGAUGAAGACCAUAUUCCAGAAGGACCUCUGCAGGAAGCACGAGAGCCUCGUCAGUGACUUCCUGGAACGUGUUUGCCACAUGUGUCCGAAUCUACUCUCGCUGACUCUUUCUGGAUGUGGGCACAUCAUGGACGGCAAUGUUAUUAACGUGCUACAAAGCUGCAUGAGGCUACGUAGCCUUAGUCUAGAAAACUGCGCUCGGAUGACUGACUCUGUCCUCCGGGCUGUGGUGAACCACGGCCACAGUCUCACAGAUGUGAAAGUGGACUUUUGUCGCAACGUGACCCAGGCAGGGCUGCAGGAGGUCAGGGACAAGAGACCAGAAGUGCACCUGAGUGCGUUACACAGUGCGGAUAUGAUUCCAGACAGCAAGCCUGAGGAGAAAAUACAGAUCAGGAGAGCUCUGCAGAAGUUCUUGAUCUUCUCCUGACAGCUAGAGGCUACCUAGAGACUUCAGGUCAAAUUGAGGGUUAUAACACUGUCCAGUCCUAUUAUAUGUUUUUUAUUCACUAUUUCUUUUGCAAUUCCUUAUUUGUCAUUUCAGAAGUUUC